AUGGACGACAAGAUGGAUGAUGAGAAACUUGAGCAGACGGGUGGCUGUGAGGUGGGAGAGGUGGGAGUGCACGAUGCCGAUGGGAAGAUGACGCGUGGUGUGCUGCUGAAGAUGGAUGUACGGUAUGUUUACGAUCCUGUUGCGUACUACGCAGUCUUUCAAUCGUUAUACGGUAUUGACCAUGGCAGGAUUUUGCCCGUCCUCGCGCUGUUGUUCUUGUGCUCCUUUAUCGACCGCACGAAUGUCGGGAAUGCCAAAAUCCUCGGACUGCAAAGGGACAUUCAUAUCAACGACCAUCAGUACGCGAUUGGACUGUGUGUGUUUUAUGCAACAUAUAUCGCCAGUGAGCUUCCGUCCAACCUCGUGCUCAAGAGGGUAUCGCCCAAGAUCUGGCUUCCCUUGCUCACAACCGUUUGGGGCAUCCUGACCAUGUGUCUCGGAUUCGUAAAAAACUUUGCAUCUUUCGCCACCGUCCGCGCACUCCUCGGGGUAGCAGAGGGUGGCCUCUUGCCGGGCAUGGUUCUCUACCUCUCCCAAUUCUACCGUAGAGACGAGCUAGCUCUUCGCAUCGGCAUCUUCUAUACAGCUGCAUCCCUAUCAGGUGCUUUUGGCGGUCUGCUGGCACGCGGCCUCAAUGCUAUAGGCCCAGCAGGCGGUCUACAAGGCUGGUCCUUUAUAUUCGUUAUUGAGGGACUCCUCACAGUCCUCAUCGGCCUCGCAUCCGCCCUCCUCCUCCCCAACUCCAUCGAAUCCUCCCGCUUCCUCACCACGUCCGAGAAAACCGAUGCACGGCGCCGCCUAGGAGAAUCCAGCGCCGAGCAGGAACGCUUCGACUGGGCCGAAGUAAAACGCGGCAUCCUAAACCUCCAAGUCUGGCUCACUGCGCUCGCUUACUUCUCCAUCCUCUGCGGCCUCUAUUCCUUCGGCCUUUUCCUCCCCACCAUCGUCAACAACGGCUUCGCCAAGGAUCCCAACCAAGCCCAGUUAUGGACCGUCAUCCCCUACGCCGUCGCCGCCUUCUUCACCGUCAUCACCGCACUCCUAUCUGACCGCCUUGCUCUCCGCGGUCCCGUCAUGCUGUGCACACUGCCCGUCGCCAUUGUCGGCUACGCGGUAAUCAGCCAGUCCACCAACCCCAAAGUCCAAUACAGCAUGACAUUUCUCAUGGCCACGGGCAUGUACUCCACCGUACCCUGUAUUCUCUCCUGGAACAGCAACAACAGCGCUGGCCAUUACAAGCGCGCGACCACCAGUGCGCUGCAGUUGGCGAUUGCCAAUGCCGGCGGGUUCGUCGCCAGUUUUGUCUAUCAGAAGAAAGAAGCCCCGCAUUUUCAUCCUAGUCAUCGUAUCAUGUUGGGUCUGCUCUGUGCCGCUUGGAUCUUGGUCGCGGCGAAUGUGGCAUGGGUGAGCAAGAUUAACAGGGACAAGGCGAGGGGGAAGUAUGCGGCUUGGCAGGGGAAAGGCGAUGAUCGGGAUCCAGAGUUUAAAAUGGUGUUGUAG